GGUCCUUACACUCAUUCGCAUUUUUGCAUACUUCGUACAAUUCGAAGGCUAUCAUAAUCAAUCAACCAAUGUAUCUGAACAAGAGAACUCAUUUUUGCGUAUCACGACAAUUGCGGGAAUGAGAAGGUUCGGUUCGUCAUUGAAUUCUGUAGUCAGGGGAUACAGCUUUCUGAAACCCUUGCCGAAGAACCAAAUCAUCAGCCAGUCUCGGCUGACUUCUUUCCCGGGUCCCAUUCGAGAGACUCACUCUAAAUCUGCAUGGCCCUCAAGGGCGACGUCAGACACAGACUUCCAGAAGAGUAAUUCAUUAUCGUUCAAAGAAUUUGCUGCCAUGGCAACAGAUACUCCAAGUACGCCCAUGGAAAAGAGCCCGGCGCCAAACCCACACGGGAAGCGGCCAGGUUCUCACCAGAGGUCCCACCAGGGCAAGAAGAGGCAGGCCAAGAAAAUCCGCAAGAGAGAGCGUGCUAUGCAGAGCGGCUCAACAGAACAGGUCCUUGCCUUCGAUAUCCGCGACCUCAGGGCUUCUCUCACUGGCGUCGAGGCGGAUGACGUUGAGUCCACCACCACGACCGCUGAGGAAGAGCCUCUACCGGAGCCCGACUCUGAAAUCCUUCUCAACGUCGUCGAGCUCUCGUCCACUGGUGACGCACUCGCUGUACAAAAGGACUCUUCCUCAAAACAGAUCUAUGUUCUGCCCUUCGCCGUGCCUGGCGACACAGUCAAGGCCAAAGUGUAUCGCCACCUGCGCAACGAGGGAUACACAGUGGCAGACUUCAUAUCCGUUGUCUCGCCCGCGCCCAUACGCGACGACACCCGCGUGCGCUGCCCGUACUUCUCAAAGUGCUCAGGUUGUCAGUUCCAGAUGCUCGACUACGCCGAUCAAUUAGCGCACAAGAAGAAGAUCGUCGAGAGGGCGUUCGCGAAUUUCUCAGAGCUACCGCCAGAGCUCCUUCCCACCAUUGGAGAUACCAUCGGCAGCCCCCUCCAGUACGGCUACCGCACCAAGCUCACGCCGCACUUCGAUGGGCCACCCGGCCCGCGCAGGAACAACACUGCGACCUUCACCAAGCGUCCUGACGUCGGCUUUAUGUUCAAGGGAAAGCGCGCGACGCUCGACAUCGAGGAUUGCCCCAUUGGGACAGACGUUGUGCGGCAGGGCAUGAAGUCCGAGCGCGAGCGGAUGGAUCGUGAAUUCGCGAAGUACAAAAAGGGUGCUACGAUCCUAUUACGCGAGAGCACGAAGCGCGUGCCGAAAGACUCCGAAACCACCUCUUCUGCAAAUACCGAGGAGUCAUCCUCUUCUCCCCUCGUCAAAGUAGAGACAGAGAAGCACGUAGACUGGAAAACAUGCGUGACGGACAACAACGGGACAUCGACAGAGUACAUAGGCGACUACGUCUUCCACAACCCAGCAGGCUCGUUCUUCCAGAACAACAAUUCCAUUCUCCCCAUCUUCACAGAGUACAUCCGGCAACACAUCCUCCCUCCCCCAUCCUCCUCCUCCUCGCCCAUCAAAUACCUCAUCGACGCAUACUCCGGAUCAGGCCUCUUCACAAUCACCCUCUCGUCUCUCUUCCAAGGGUCCACGGGCAUCGACAUCGCCGAAUCAUCCAUAGCAUUCGCCCGCACCAACGCAGCAGCCAACAACCUGCCCACCUCGCAAGCGAACUUCAUCGCCGCCGACGCAGGCGAAUUAUUCAAGAGCGUCACGUACCCCGCCGACGAGACCGUCGUCGUCCUCGAUCCGCCGCGCAAGGGCUGCGACGGCGACUUCCUGCGCCAGUUGCUGAAUUUCGCGCCCAGGAGGGUCGUGUACGUGAGCUGCAAUGUGCAUACGCAGGCGCGCGAUAUAGGUGUUCUCGUCCGCGGGGAUGACGACGGUGGAAAGGGUGCGAGAUACGCUGUUGAGAGUCUGCGCGGUUUCGACUUCUUCCCGCAGACGGGACAUGUCGAGGGCGUGGCGGUGCUGAAUCGCGUCGACGAGGAGCAGGGGCAGGAAUAAAAUUAGGUCGAAACCACAAUUACUUAAGAUAGAGCUGAAUAGCGAGUGUGAUACCUUGAGGCUUAAGAUUGGGACGGUAUAUGGUUAUUGAGGCUGCAUGGGAGGAUAUCAUUGCUGGGGUCGAGAUAGUGUAUAUAUAUGUUCAAUAGGUCGGUUGGGUGUUCAAAACUUGGCUACUUAAAUAAAGGGUACUACUCCUAACAUCAUCAAAUUAAAUAUAUAUGCUAUACACACUA